AUGUUUCCUCCAGCUAUUACAUCUCAACACCCAGAGACCCUUCCAGAGUCUCUUCCUGAGUCUCUUCCUGAGUCUCUUCCUGAGACCCUUCCUGAGACUCUUCCUGAGUCUCUUCCUGAGUCUCUUCCUGAGUCUCUUCCUGAGUCUCUUCCUGAGUCUCUUCCUGAGUCUCUUCCUGAGUCUCUUCCUGAGACCCUUCCUGAUACCCUUCCAGAGACCCUUCCAGAGACCCUUUCCAGAGACCCUUUCCAGAGACCCUUUCCAGACCCUUUCCAGAAACCCUUUCCAGAGACCCUUUCCAGAGACCCUUUCCAGACCCUUUCCAGAAACCCUUUCCAGAGACCCUUUCCAGAGACCCUUUCCAGACCCUUUCCAGAAACCCUUUCCAGAGACCCUUCCAGAAACCCUUCCAGAAACCCUUUCCAGAGACCCUUCCAGAAACCCUUCCAGAAACCCUUUCCAGAGACCGUCCUCAUCACUCCACUCCCCCCCCCCCCUCACCCCCGUCACCCCGUCAACCCCGUCACCACCCUCACCCCGUCAUCCCCCUCACCCCAUCAUCCCCGUCACCACCCUCACCCCGUCACCCCCGUCACCACCCUCACCCCGUCACCCCCCCUCACCCCGUCACCCCCGUCACCCCCCCCCACCCCCCUCACCCCCCCUCACCCCGUCAACCCCCCUCACCCCGUCACCCCGUCACCCCUCACCCCCCCUCACCCCCGUCACCCCCCUCACCCCGUCAACCCCCUCUCACCCCGUCACCUCCUCACCCCCGUCACCCCCCUCACCCCGUCACCACCCUCACCCCGUCACCCCCGUUAA